AUGUCUGAUUCAUUCAGUGCCUCCAAGCUUCACCCUCUCAGUACUCCAAACUCCACGCUUAAUUCUCCUGCACCUCCCAAAAUCAUACCUUUCUGCAUUUGCACCCACUGCACCAAUCUCAUCUCUUCGAAACAUCAUCCUAUGGGAGAGGAAGGAGCAGGUAAAAGUAGAGGGUUGCAUGGGCAAUCUCAGCAAAGCUCGAGAUGGAGUCCAACGCCGGCACAGUUACUGGUGCUUGAGGAACUGUACAGACAAGGGACGAAGACGCCGACGGCUGAACAAAUACAGCAAAUAGCUUCACAGCUACGUCGUUUUGGCAAGAUUGAAGGGAAGAACGUGUUCUACUGGUUCCAGAAUCACAAAGCAAGAGAGCGCCAGAAACGACGUCGCCGGGAGAUGGAGGAAACUGCUUCUGAUUCCGCUGAAGACAAAGAACUGUACGAUGUCAAUGUGAAAAGCUCAGAAGAAAAGCAAGACCCUGCAG